GCGCGCGGUAGUUGGGUGGAGCGAGUGAGUUACGUAGGCAAAAGUGCGCUGGCGCUUCAGCGUGAGGCGGAAAAGAAAAGGUUUUAUUUUUGGAUUUAAGAGAGGAAUAUGCGCUGAAAUUGGUCAGAGGGAUAUUUAUUCAGUGUGUGGUGUGUAGAAGACCGAGUUCGGAUACCGGGAACGUCGGUACUGAGUGUUUUAGCGAAUGCUAAUAUUUACAUAACCGUUACCGUUUUGGAGCGCGUGCUGAUAGUGUGUGUGAGAGGAUUUCGAGGAAAUAAAUACAAAACAAAUUAUUUUGUUCAGGACCAACUGAUCUGUUGUUUUCGUUUUUAUUUAAUUUUUCUUAAUUUUUUUUAAUUUUGCGAUUCCAGGAGAAAAAAAAACAAGUUAUACAACAGGGGAGUACAGUGCGUAGCGCGGUCCUAAAGCCCGCCGUGUAUACACAGAGCCAAAUGGUUCAGCUGUGGCUGGUGUUUAACAUCUUUGACAGGAUGGAAAGUGGUUUGUUAGAGCAAGGAUAAUUUCAUUUAUUUACAGAACUUAAUACCUUCAUUAAGACACUUUUUUUGUUGUUGCAUAGGUCAUAACUGAACAAACGUUUGGGGUUUUUUUUCCCCCCUUUGGAUCACAUUUUUGGGACUGCACAGAGAUUUGUGAGAAGGGUGACACCUGAAAUAUUAAGUCUUUAAAGGGUUUGUCCGGUGAAGUAAUGGUUGUAAAUACAAUCCACUGGUUCAGGAAGGGCUUGCGGCUCCACGACAAUCCUUCCCUCCGAGAGUCGGUCCGGGGAGCGGAUACGGUGCGCUGUGUUUACAUCCUCGACCCCUGGUUUGCAGGAUCCUCUAACGUCGGAAUCAGCAGGUGGAGGUUUUUACUACAGUGUCUGGAGGAUUUGGACGCCAGCCUCCGCAAACUCAACUCCCGCUUGUUUGUAAUCCGGGGCCAGCCCACCGACGUCUUCCCCAGGCUCUUCAAGGAGUGGAACAUCACCCGGCUGUCGUACGAGUAUGACUCGGAGCCGUUUGGAAAGGAGCGAGAUGCAGCCAUUAAAAAGCUGGCCAGCGAGGCCAGCGUGGAGGUGACCGUACGGAUCUCCCACACGCUCUAUGAUCUGGACAAGAUCAUCGAGCUCAAUGGUGGCCAGUCUCCACUCACCUACAAGCGCUUCCAGACCCUCAUCAGCAGGAUGGAGGCGGUGGAGACUCCCACCGAGGCCAUCACAGCAGAGGUCAUGGGCUCCUGCACCACUCCUCUUUCUGAUGAUCAUGACGAGAAGUUUGGGGUUCCUUCCCUGGAGGAGCUUGGUUUUGACACAGAGGGGCUGUCCUCAGCUGUGUGGCCCGGGGGAGAGACUGAGGCUCUGACACGGCUCGAGAGGCAUCUGGAGAGAAAGGCAUGGGUGGCCAACUUUGAGCGUCCCAGAAUGAACGCCAACUCGCUGUUGGCUAGUCCUACUGGGCUGAGUCCUUACUUGAGGUUUGGCUGCCUCUCCUGUCGACUCUUCUACUUCAAACUCACUGACUUGUACAAGAAGGUGAAGAAGAACAGCUCGCCACCUCUCUCGCUCUACGGCCAGCUACUGUGGCGCGAGUUCUUCUACACAGCCGCCACCAACAACCCACGCUUCGAUAAAAUGGAGGGCAACCCAAUAUGCGUCCAGAUCCCAUGGGACCGCAACCCUGAGGCACUGGCCAAGUGGGCUGAAGGCAGGACAGGCUUCCCCUGGAUCGACGCCAUCAUGACCCAGCUGAGGCAGGAGGGGUGGAUCCACCACCUGGCGCGCCACGCCGUGGCCUGUUUCCUCACACGUGGAGACCUGUGGGUCAGCUGGGAGGAGGGCAUGAAGGUGUUUGAGGAGCUUUUGCUGGACGCAGACUGGAGUGUGAACGCAGGCAGCUGGAUGUGGCUGUCCUGCAGCUCCUUCUUCCAGCAGUUCUUCCACUGCUACUGCCCAGUGGGUUUCGGCCGCCGCACCGACCCCAACGGGGACUACAUACGACGGUAUAUACCUGUGCUGAGAGGAUUUCCUGCCAAGUACAUCUAUGACCCGUGGAACGCUCCGGAAAGUGUGCAGAAGUCAGCAAAGUGUGUGAUUGGUAUGCACUACCCAAAGCCCAUGGUGCACCACGCAGAGGCCAGCCGUCUCAAUAUAGAGCGCAUGAAGCAGAUCUACCAACAGCUGUCCUGUUACCGCGGCCUGGGACUGCUGGCAAUGGUGCCGUCUAACCCUAACGGGAAUGGGGAAAACUCCACAAGCAUGAUGGGAACCUCCACUACAGACGCCCCCCAGGACGCUGUCGUGUCCUCCGGGUACCAGAUGCCUGCUCACUCUCAGGGGGAGUGGCCCGGUGGCAUGAAGGUCUAUUCUCAAGGAGACGCCCAGCCCAGCUGCAACACACAACAAAGUUAUUCAGGCAGCAGUACUGGGAUAGUGUCCUACAGACAGGAAGUUCAGCAGAUUCCUGGCCCUGUGUUACAGCAAGGGCAUGGACAUCACUCCAGCAGUGUACAGACUUCUGGGAAACGGCACAGUGAGGACUCUGGCCAUACCACAGGCUUCAAAGUCCAGAGACAGCACAGUCCAUAACUAGGUUCUCACGUGUGACCAUAGUGCCCUGGAAAUCAGACACACACACACUGACUGAUUUGACGAGUGAUUAAAUAUAUACGUAUACAUAUAUUAAACUGAAAUAUAUAUGAAUCAGGGUGGUUUUUGUCAGGAGUGCAUGAUCAUUUAUUUACGCACCCCGUCCCAUUAUCACUUGGACUACACCUAAGCUGACGCCGGCACUCUAGCCAACUUUGGAAAAUCGAUUAUCCCUGACAACGUUCUGCUCUCAGUGAGCGUUAGGACGUCUCUUGGCACAGACACGUGCUGUAUAUAAGAAUUUGUUUAAUACUUACAUACAGACUGUAUAUUUGCUAUUGUACGUGCUUUCUCUUUCAUUUAGUCUUCGACGCACUGAUUAUAUUUUUGAUAUCCUCAUUGUGGAUCAGCUGUAAUUCUUUUGUUUUUGUUUUUUUUUUGAAAGCAUUAAUUUUAAAGACCAUUUGUAGGUUGUAUUUACCGUACACAGCGAGGCUCCUGUCAGUCUCUGUCUCUCCCACGUUCUCUGCCUUUCUCUCUGACCUGUUUCACAUUUACUCUUAUUCGCUCACAUGUUGUCUUUCCUUUUCUCUUUCAGCCUUGUUAAGCUGCGUCUUCUCAUGUAGUUGUCAUUUGUGUAAUUGAAACGGCGUUAUUCAUCACGUUGUGAUAAUUGUCUGUUCGUUCACGUGUUUAAUAAAUACAGUGUAAAUAA